GAUCAUCUAUUUGUGUGAUAGAAGAUGUCUGUUCUUCCUUCCUUCCUAGGUUGUUUUCAUGGCACACCAAUUGUUGUUGGGUUAUGAACAACAAGUACAAAAAUAAAAACAAAUAAAAUGCCCAGACCUUAACUCUCACCUCUCACCCUCUUGUCUUCUCUUCUUCUUCUCGUCUUGUUAUUUACCCUAAAUACAUAAGCAUAGUAUCAUAUCCACUGUCUGCAACACAACCCCAACUCACCAUACACUUUCUGCUCCUCUUCUUCUCCUUCUUCUUCUUCGUCUUCUUCUCUGUUUGUAUUACAGAUUUAAUAUUUGGUUAAUGGAUUCUGUGGUUUCUGAGAUGAGAUGGUGAAAGUUUGUUAGGAGGAUAUAUAUAUGGCGGGUGAAGAAGGUGAAGGGAAAGGAAGGUCGUCAUCCAUGGUGACAAAUACGGGGUAUUGGUACAGCGAUGCCGCGAUAAAUACUCAGAUUCAGAGUGGUCAUAUGGCGAGUCAACUCCAAGGGUUUGAGCCCAACCCGGAGAUCUACAAUUUGAGUAGUGGGAUGGAGAUGAUGGGAGGGUUUCCCAUCAAGAAUCUGCAGGCCCAGAGUGACAUGUGGAAGCAGGCCGCUGGUUUUGGCGGUGGUGGUGGUGGUAGUGGUCCUGUUCCAUUAUCCCAUACUGGGAACAUGGUGGUUGGCGGCGGGGGAUGGGUGGUGGAAGCAAAUAAUAGUAAUAGUAAUAAUAAUAAUAAUGAAAUGAAAGUGUCUAUAACACAAAAAGGCCUUUCACUCUCUCUUAGCUCCACUAAUCCUUCUGCUAUUGGCUUCCACUCCUUUGAUGAUCUCAGGCUUGUGGCUGCUUCUUCUUCAAGCUCCAGGUUGAAUAACAACAACAACAACAACACAUGUAUUCAACAUGAUGAUGGGUUUCUGGGAAAACCAGAAAAUCUGGGCCAUCCAUCCCAGGAUUUGUUCUUCCAGAUCAGAACCUCCAAGUAUUUGGGCCCAGCGCAAGAGCUCUUGAAAGAGUUCUGUUGCGUUGAAACAACAUCACAAUCUGAUGAACCAAAGAGAAAGCAGCCUCAGAUGAGCAGCCAAUGGCAGCAAGAUGCUGCAGCUUCUUCAGAAAACCAUUCUUUGGGUUCCCUUCACUUUCUGGAAUUGCAGAAAACAAAAUCAAAGCUCCUUCAUCUGCUAGAUGAGGUGGACAGGAGAUACAAGCACUAUCGUGAUCAAAUGACGGCGGUGGUAUCAUCGUUUGAGGCGGUGGCCGGUGACGGCGCUGCGACGGUGUAUUCCGCCCUGGCUUCCCGGGUGAUGUCACGGCACUUCAGGGGUUUGAGAGAUGCGAUUUUGGCUCAACUUAAAGCUGUCAAGAAGGCCAUGUCCGAGAAGGAGUCGUCGUCGGCGCCCGGAGCCACUAAGGGGGAGACGCCGAGGCUUAAAAUGAUUGAUCAGACACUCCGGCAACAGAAGGCUAUUCAGCAGCUCACUAUGAUGGAUAGCCAUCCAUGGAGACCCCAACGUGGCCUGCCGGAGAGAUCCGUUUCCGUUCUCCGGGCUUGGCUUUUCGAGCACUUUCUUCACCCGUACCCAAGUGAUGUGGAUAAACACAUUUUGGCACGCCAAACAGGUCUUUCAAGAAGUCAGGUGUCUAAUUGGUUCAUCAAUGCAAGGGUGAGGCUAUGGAAACCCAUGGUGGAGGAGAUGUACCUUGAAGAAGUGAAGGAACAAGACAACAACAUUCUAGGAUCCUCCGAGGGAGCAAGAGCCGCCGCCGUUGAUGGGCGGGAACGGCUAGACAAAAAACCCAACAUCGUACGUCUAGAUUCCGAGUGCAUCUCUUCUCUCAUUAACAUCCCCGGAAAGGGCGGCGACCACCACCAGUUUGGAGCCGUGGAACUGGACUUCUCGCCGUACACCGACGCCGGCGCCGUCGGGUACCGGCCGGGCGAAAGGAAAACCGGCGGCGGCGUGUCGUUAACGCUGGGGCUACAGCAACAUGGGGGAAGCGGAGGAAUAGGGUUAGGAUUUUCGCCGGCGUCUCAUCAGAAUUCACUGUUUUACCCUAGAGAUCAAAUCGGAGAUUGCCCGCCGGUCCAAUAUUCACUGUUGGACGGUGAAGCUCAGAACUUGCCUUACCGGAACUUGAUGGGUUCGCAGCUACUUCACGAUCUGGCUGGCUAAGAACAUUCAACAAUCAUAUCUCUCCCAUUAUCAAAUCAAAACACAUUCUAUUCUAUGAUUUUACCAGCCUAUAUAUACUAUCAGCAUUGAGCUAAACAAUUUCUUUUAAUUCCCUUAGAGUAUAAGGUUGUUGAGGUUAAUUACUGGUCAAGUAAAAUUUCUAAAAGUUGGCUUUCUGUUAAUGCCCAUUGUUAAACUUUUCUAGCCUAUUAGCUUUCAUUUGUGGUGUAUAGUUUUAUAAUAUUCCAACUAGUUUGAUCUA